AUGAUUUCAAGACGAUUGCUUCAUAUAAAAACCGUACCUAAAUUAUAUGCCACCAACAUUGAUUCCCUUAAUUUUUCACAAUCAAAAUCAUCACCAUCUGUUAUUCCAACUAUCCCAACUCAUGAAUUAUUAACUAAAUUGAAUCUUAUAAGUCAUCCUCAUUCCGGUUUGAUCAACUGGUUGCCGAUAGGGCUUACAAUUAUAAAUAAGAUCAAUGCCAUCAUUCGUUCUAGAAUGAAUGAGGUUAAUUUUGAAGAGUUACAAUUAUCAUUAUUAUCUCAUAAAUCAUUAUGGGAACAAACUAAUCGAUUGAAUAAUAAUCAAGAGAUUUUCCAAUUGAAAGAUGAACCAUUUCUCUUAAGUCCUACUGCCGAAGAAGAAAUCACCAAUUAUGUCAAACAAAAUAUCAAAAGUUAUAAAAACUUACCUAUUUUAUAUUAUCAGAUUAAUAAUAAAUAUCGUAAUGAGAAAAGACCUCGAAGUGGAUUAUUAAGAACAAAAGAGUUCUUAAUGAAAGAUGGUUAUUCAUUCGAUAUAAAUGAGAAAGAGGCCAUGAAUACUUAUCAGAAUGUAUUUGGGGCAUAUAUUAAUAUCUUUAAUGAUUUGAAAUUACCUUAUGUGAAAGCUGAAGCUGAUAGUGGUGAUAUUGGUGGGUCAUUGAGUCAUGAAUGGCAUUAUUUACAUCAAUCUGGUGAAGAUUUAUUAUUUGAAUGCGAUCAUUGUCAUUCCAUAUCGAAUAUUGAAAAGACAUUAUCAUUCCCUAAUGAAGAGAAGGAUGUUAAAGAUGUAUCUGUGAGAUAUUUCAUUACGAAAGAUGGAUCUACUUUAGUAUGUGCAUAUUAUCCUAGUGAUAGAGUUUUACAACCUAAUUUUAUUAAAGUAGAAAUUGAUGAUAUUGAUGUUUCAUCAAAGUUGACUCAAAAGGAGAUAUUAUCUCAAUUUGAAACUAAUGAACAAAAUGAAGAUAGUUUAAUGAAUAAGAAAAUCAUUAGAAUCAUGGAUUCAAGAUUAACUUCAAGAUCAAAUUUCCCUGAUUUUCCCUUAUCAUUCAUUAAUAGAUCUGCCAUUACUACUUUCACAGAUAUACCGAUUGUUGAAGCUCAAGCUGAUGAGAUUUGUGGUAAAUGUGAAGAAGGUAAAUUAUCCUCAUCUAAAGCGAUUGAAAUUGGUCAUACUUUUUACUUGGGUGAUAAAUAUAGUAAAUCCCUUGAUUGUACCAUUGAAACUCCUGAUCUUCCUGAUCGUCAGAAUUUAAUCAUGGGAUGUUAUGGAAUUGGUAUAAGCCGUAUCGUAGCAUCUAUUGCUGAAAUCAAUCGUGAUUCAAAUGGAUUAAUAUGGCCUGCCAUCAUCGCUCCUUGGAAUGUGACUAUUAUCUCUGUCAAUGGUUCUACUGAUCCCUAUAAUGGAUUAUUUGAAAAGUUGAAUGAUGAGAAUGUCGAUUAUAAAGUUGAUAAUCGAGCUAAAAUUGGAUUGGGGAAGAAAAUCAAUCAAUCGAAUUUAUUAGGUAUACCAUUAAUUAUCAUCUUAGGUAAGAAUUACCCUAUUGUUGAGAUUGAAAUCAGAGGUAAGAGAUAUGAUCCAGAUGGUGAGUUAGCAUGGAAGAAGUUAUACGAAUCUCAUAAGGAUGAGUAUCAAUGGAAAGUUGAAUAUGAUGAGGGUCAAAAUGACGUCAAGCAUUAUGUACAUAAAGACGGAAUAAUCUCCGUUAUAAAUGCCUUAUUAAAGGACAUGUAA